GCUCCGGCCAAUGAUUGCUAACCGAUUGCUUGUUAGCUCGAAUGGAAAUGUCCGUCACUGCCUGAUUUUUUCAUUUGUUGUCUGAGUGAAUGAGUACUGCUCAUCAGGAAGUCUGUGCUUGGCGAAACUUAAAAAAUAAGCGUUAAACAUUCUGGCCUGGUUACGUCUUUCUCUGCUGUGCGUGACAAAGGGCAGGCCGACGCAGACGCGGGUUCCAGUGGAUUUGCAAUAAGAACUUCCGCGAGGAACAUUAUGUACCUGAAUAAUUUACCUUCAGAAGAUGGACGGAGACAGCUCAACCACAGACGCCUCUCAGCUGGGCAUGACUGGAGAAUACAUGGCGUCCAGUCAUUAUGUUCUCCACCCCCAGGAUGAUGAUGGAGAAGAGAACAUGAAUGACCAUGAAGACAGCGGAACCAAGGAGAACUACAGGGAGCAGGACAUCUACCUCCCUAUCGCUAAUGUGGCUCGCAUCAUGAAGAACGCUGUUCCACAGACUGGGAAGAUCGCUAAAGACGCCAAAGAAUGUGUGCAGGAGUGUGUGAGCGAGUUCAUCAGCUUCAUCACGUCGGAAGCCAGCGAGCGCUGCCACCAGGAGAAGAGGAAGACCAUCAACGGGGAGGACAUCCUGUUCGCCAUGUCCACGCUGGGCUUCGACAUGUACGUCGACCCCCUCAAGCUCUACCUGCAGAAGUUCAGAGAGGCGAUGAAGGGGGAGAAGGGGAUGCCGGGGGUGGCAGUGGGAGAAAGUCUGAGUGAGGAUCUGACAGACGAUGGCUUCGCCAAUCCGCUUCCAGCUGGGAUUAUCACAGCAGAUGGUCAGCAGCAGAACGUGAUGGUGUACACCACCACCGCAUACCCACAGAUUCCCACCGUACAGCAGAUCCAGUUUUCAUGACGAGUGCCAACACCAGGCCCUCCUGGGGCUCGCGCUCACCUGAUGACCUCUGACCCUUCCGCUGGGAAAGGCCAUCCAGUCGACUGGAAGGGAAGCAUCCGGAGAAGCCCUCAUGUACAGAGAAAUCACUACCUGUUUCGUAGAGUGUGUAGUUUCUAGUCAUCAGGUACCAAACGUUUGGAGAACUUCCAAGUCAGCUGGGAGAUGCAAGGCUUUAUUUUAAAAACUAGUCCUCUUACAUGGUUUAGUGUUGGAUUAUGUUUGUGCUUGUGUAUCAAUGUGUUUUGCUUUAAAGCGUUUUUGACGUGUUUUGGUUUGGGGGGGAGGAAUCAGGGAGGGUCUGUGAAGGGAGGGGUGUCUGUCCAGGCUGGUUUUUGAACACCUGCGUUCAGAAGGAGCCAUGUUGUUACCUUCACAUUAGAUCAACAGCUCUUUUUGUAAGUGAUCACUUGUGCUUUAAUGUUAUGGAAACCUUUUGAAUAAAAAUUCAGAAGUGAU